CCCUUGAGGCUCAGUGUCUGGAGUUAUAAAGGAGUGACACUGCUGUCAAGCACCAGUGUGUUUUUGGCUGACACCAGAAGUGUGGAAUCCUCCAAUAUGAGACUCUUAGUGGUAUUAACGUGCUUACUGGCAGGCUGCCUGGCCCAGAAACCUCACCCAUGCUCAAGUCCUCCUCUUUUGAGCGGGGCCCUCACUGUGUCCACACAGAAUGAGAAGCUGUGGACUUACGCCCAGUACCUGUAUGAUGCACUGGAGCAGCGGGUUCGGCUCAUCGAGAUCGGCAACUACGAGAAUAAGACGUUCACCUAUGACGUCCUUAUGCUCUUCAGACAGGGUACCAUGUAUGAGAUCAACGAACAUAACCGUACAUGCAAGAAAAAGCCUCUGAAGUCAGACUUCUACCCUCUGGCAAUCCCAAAGGAUGCAUCUCUGGUGGGCCAGGCUGUUGUGGGCAGCUCAUCUGGACCUGGACAAGGACUCCUGGUCAACACUUGGACAGGAGAUCUUCCCAACAAAGGAGGAAAGUACACAAGCACAGUCACUGAAUUCGGAUGCAUUCCUAUCAACACAAUGUAUCACACGGAGCAGUUUGGAUGGAUGGUGAUAAGGUUAGUUUACACUAUCAGCAACAUGCUUUUUCAACAACAUCAUUGGGAUGUCUGACCCCAGUAAGCUCAACCCUCCAAGCUUUUGCCCAGAUGCAGAGAUGAAGGCUGACAGUGAAGAAGAGCCAGCAGACUUCUUCAGCAUGUUCCUCAACAAGCCCUGAUGGCCUCCUUUAACUAAUGUCUUUAUUUGAGAUUUUAAAGCAACUACAAGGAACUUUCAUUUUGUGCCGAUUUGGACAUGUGGACAAAAGCGGUAGUGAUACUACCACCUCUUGUCAUAAAGAGUUUGAUCGUGCUAGCUAACAGAUUUGGUUGCUUGGUAAUAGUAAGUUAUCAGCAUUCCCCUUAUCAAAUGUCUGUCUAGGCUGAAGAAGGGCAAUUCAAGAUCAGUUUCAUCUGUUGAAUGGCUGACCAAGGUUGACUUGUUUUUUGCCUGUGCUUUAUCACUGUCUUUUUAAAGUUUUUUGUUCUUCAGUCAAUGUUUUUCUUUUUGCCUCUGCUGAUCCUGCCCCAGUAUCAACCAUAAGAUAAAUAUAACAUAAAAAAUAAAAUGAUCUUAAGAAAAA